GGGCCUGGAGGCGCUCGAGUACAUCUGCUUCGCCUGCGGACUCCGACUGCUCGGGCUGAGGUUCGCGGCUCACACUCGGGCUCACUCUGCCGGGGAAAGGGUCGCAUGAGCGGUGGGCCAAGGGGUUGGGGUUGGGGUGCAGGGAGGGCCUCGGGUCCUGGGCCCGGGGUGCGGAGGGGGGGAGGAGGGCCGGGGCUCGAGGCGGCGCGGGGGACCCCAGGGACAUGGUGAAGCUGAACGAUGAGGAGGGGGCAGCGAUGGCACCCGGGCACCAGCCCACGAAUGGAUACCUUCUGGUGCCGGGAGGCGAGCCCCCCGGAAAGGUGAGCGCCGAGCUGCAGAACGGGCCCAAAGCCGGCUGCCUGCCCCUGAAUGGAGUGUCUCGGGACAGCCUCGCUGCCGCGGCGGAAGCCCUAUGCAGGCCGCAGACUCCGUUGGCUCCAGAGGAGGAGACCCAGACUCGGCUGCUGCCCACGGGCCCCGGGGAAGAGACCCCGGGGACCGAGGGCUCCCCGGCGCCCCAGACCGCGCUGUCUGCGCGGCGCUUUGUGGUGCUCCUGAUCUUCAGCCUGUACUCGCUGGUGAACGCCUUUCAGUGGAUCCAGUACAGUGUCAUCAGCAACGUCUUCGAGGGCUUCUACGGCGUCUCCUCCCUGCACAUUGACUGGCUGUCCAUGGUGUACAUGCUGGCCUACGUGCCCCUCAUCUUCCCGGCCACGUGGCUGCUGGACACCAGAGGCCUACGGCUCACCGCCUUGCUGGGCUCAGGCCUCAACUGCCUGGGCGCCUGGGUCAAGUGCGCCAGCGUGCAGCAGCAUCUCUUCUGGGUCACCAUGCUGGGCCAGUGCCUCUGCUCCGUGGCCCAGGUGUUCAUUCUCGGCUUGCCCUCCCGCAUCGCCUCAGUGUGGUUUGGGCCCAAGGAAGUAUCCACGGCUUGUGCCACCGCCGUGCUAGGCAAUCAGCUUGGAGCUGCCAUUGGCUUUUUGCUGCCACCAGUUUUAGUGCCCAACACGCAGAAUAACACAGAACUUCUGGCCUGUAAUAUCAGCACCAUGUUUUAUGGAACAUCAUCUGUUGCCACGUUUUUAUGUUUUUUAACAAUAAUUGCAUUCAAAGAAAAACCUCAGUAUCCACCAAGUCAGGCUCAAGCAGCUCUUCAAAACAGCCCCCCGGCUGAGUACUCCUAUAAGAAAUCAAUAAGGAACCUAUUUAGAAACGUUCCCUUUGUCCUUCUAUUGAUCACUUAUGGUAUCAUAACUGGAGCAUUUUAUUCAGUCUCAACAUUAUUGAAUCAAAUGAUAUUGACAUAUUACAAGGGAGAAGAAGUGAAUGCUGGAAAGAUUGGGCUAACAUUGGUAGUGGCUGGAAUGGUGGGCUCUAUUCUUUGUGGCUUUUGGCUUGAUUAUACCAAAAUAUACAAACAGACUACUCUGAUAGUUUACAUUUUAUCUUUUCUUGGAAUGGUUAUAUUUACUUUCACAUUGGACCUUGGAUACAGUAUCGUUGUGUUUGUUACUGGAGGGGUGCUUGGUUUCUUCAUGACUGGUUACCUCCCAUUGGGUUUUGAAUUUGCUGUUGAAAUCACUUACCCUGAAUCUGAAGGCACCUCAUCUGGUCUUCUUAAUGCUGCCGCACAGAUAUUUGGAAUUCUGUUCACAUUGGCUCAAGGAAAACUCACAACAGACUAUAGUCCUAAAGCAGGAAACAUUUUCCUCUGUGUUUGGAUGUUUCUAGGCAUCAUUUUAACAGCAUUAAUCAAGUCUGAUCUCAGAAGACACAAUAUAAAUAUAGGAAUUGCAAAUGGUGAUAUUAAAGCUGUACCAGUUGAAGAUACAGUUGAAGAUAGUCCCACAGAUCAAGAAUCAAAAACUAUUGUGAUGUCCAAGCAGUCAGAAUCGGCAAUUUGAGGUGAAAAAAAAGUUAACAUCAUGCGAUACUUGAGCAGUAAGGCUUGGUUUAAACAUUAUGGGAUAUGGAUACUUACUGGAAAAUUAUUAUGUGACCCAUAAUUAUUAUCUUGCUUAAUUGUAACCUUAAGCAAUAUUUUGCUUAGCAGACUUUGGCUCAUCUCAUAUUAACACUACCAUUUAUCAACUGAGCCUUCCAUUCAUAGUCCUCUCUUGUCAACCUGAAUGUACGCUUCUUGAUGUGUAUUUUCCAAAAGUGGUUUUGUUGUGUUUUGUUUUGUUUUCUUUGUAGAAAAUGGAAGGUUGGAAGGCUUUCUGAAAUGAUAAUGUGGAGGCCUAAUCCCCGUAAAUCACAUAGGACUUCAUGCAAUUUAGAACCAAGUGACCAAUAUAUUCCUAAUUGGCUCCUUUCCAUUGUUCUGAUCUACUGUCCAGUGACCCUCAGUAGGAGUACAUUACACCAACACGACACUCCUGGCCCAUCAAAGGACAGCACUGGGAUGACACCUGCACGGAACCUCUAAGAUUUUUCCCAUUUCUUAUAUUCUUGUUAAACAGUGCUUUGUAACGUGUACUGUCAGUGGCCAUCAAAACUAUCAUGGGAACAGGUUGAACCCAUGACUUUGGUCUUAGACUUGAAUUCUAAUGAAGCUAAGGGGCCCAGACAGACUCAUUAUCUUGAGUUCUCUGCACUGCCUUCCUACCAUGGUAUAAAUGCUAAUACUAUUUUCUCACUUCAACUUGACAGUAAUUUUGUACCCACUCCCUUGCUUACUCUUUUUUCAACACGGGCAAGAUUGGAGAUAUUGUCACUUCAUCUCCAUACCACUCAGAGUAAAGCAAAUAUCACAGUAAAGUGACUCAAAUGAAUUCUUUGGUUUCCCAAUACACAUAAAAGUCAUGUUUACACUGUUCUGUAGUCUAGUAAGUGUGCAAUAGACUGAAGGAACAAUGGACAUACCUUCAGUGAAAAAAGACAUUGCUAAAAAAUGCUAACCAUCAGCUGAGCUUUCAGUAAGUCAUAAUCACCACCAUUGGUCACCACAACAAAUAUUAAUAAUGAAAAAGGUUGAAAUAUUGCAUGAAUUACAAAAUGUGACACAGACCCAAAAUGAGCAGAUGCUUGGAAAAUUGGCACCAAUAUACUUGCUCGAUUCAGGGUUGCCCCAAACCUUCAAGUUGUUGGGAAAAAAAAAACCCACAAUAUCUGUGAAGUGCAGCAAAUCAAAGCACAAUAAAAUGAGGUAUGCCUGUGUAUAUAACUUUGUAGUAAGAAAAUGUCAUCCUAUGUGUUACUGGUUUUUUCAUGUUUUCUUGUAUCAUCCCUAAUACUUUUGCUUCAAUAUUGCAAAGAAAUCUAUGGUGACUUAGCCUAGGGGUUCUCAUUUAGUGAAGACCUCUUAAGAUGCUUUAAUUCUCUACUAACAUCUGUGUGACCAUUCUCCUUUGAGGAAUACUGUGCCCAGGUAUGUGCUCCUGCAGUGUAUUGUGGGGGUGUAUCCUUUCUUCACCCGACUGUACAUACUGUUCCGAAAGUCUGCUCUUUCACAUGCUCAGGGUAAGGAGAAUAGGACCAAAUGUGCUUCUACAGUGCCUACCACCGCGUUUUGUUUACAAUGAGAAUUUACAUGUUGUUCACGUCCUGACUCUCUAAGCUCAUAGGGAAUAUCUUUAGAAUACUAACAUCUAAACAGCCAUAAUAUUUACAUUAUGUCCACAUAAACAACAACAACAAAAAGCCAAUCAGGUGUGCCCUUGAAGUAAAUUAGCAAUUCUGAUUUGGGCAGAUUAUAUGCAUCGCUUUAUGUUGAUAUUAUAACAUUCUCUGUAAUCAAAUGACAGUAAAUGAUGUAGAAUCUUACCUGGAGAAUGUGUCACCAGAAGAACUUAGCUGGGAAUCAGAAGCUCUGGGUCUGUGACUGUCUGGGUCACAGACCUGGGUCUGUGUCCCUGUCACUCUCUGGGCAGCAUUUUCCUUAUCCAUAUAAUGAAUGUAUUCACUUUGAUCUCAAAGACCUUUUUUGAAUCUUCAAUGUCAUUCAUCAUGGGGUAGACCAAAUCAGGUACCGUGGGAACUUAAAUCUAGCUAGAGAAAAAUCCCCUAGAGAAUUGGAUUAACAGCUGUGAUUGUUACUUUGUGGAUCUGGGGGAUUUAAAAUCUUUUUUUUUUUUUUUAGCUUUUUUAUUCAGUUGGUGAUAGCUCAGGCAGAAUAUACUGAAUCAUUAACUUCCUUAGAUAUUUACAUUGUAGGUCUUAUGACCAAAAAUAUAUCCUAAGAUCCCUCCUAAAUAAUUAUUUUUAUUUUUGAACUAUCAGUGUUGUUUUAAACAAUCAUGUACUUGUUGAGUUCCCUAGCUUUUGAAAAAAAAUUACAGAUAAAGGUUGGAAUACUUUAUUUCCGAAAAGCAUAUGCGUAUAUGUCAUGUGUAUCUUUCUUUGUUGAUUAGAAAAAGGAUGAAACAGGAUGUGACAAAACGCAAAAUGAAUUGAUAAUUUUUCUGUAUUUUGAGUUAAAGUUGCCUGUAAUUUGUGAAACAAGAAAUGUCAUAUAAUUCUAUGUCUGAUCUUUGGAAAAUAGAGUUGGGUAACCAUCACUUCUGUAAAUUUUAACAAAAUAAUUUUAGAAAGAAAUUGGAUGCUUUCAAAAGCUGUUGCAUUUAUAAAUUAUGCAGAAAAGAAAAAUACUAGCUUUUGCCUUUUGUGAAUGUUGGAGACAUGUCUUUAAAAUAUUGUUUAUAUGUAAACUCAGAAUAUGCCAGAAGAAUUCCUGUCUGUAUGAAGUCAUCUUUCAUGUUUGAAAUUUUGCUUUUUGUACUAUUUGUCUGUAUGCUUGUUCUUCAGUGUUUCAGACCUGAAAUAAAUUUAUUUUUUUAAUGUUAA